ACAACCACCGGAACUUCAAAACAUAAUAAACGAAACAAAAACCAGAAAAACCAAAAAAACUUUCUAAAACCAAAUUUCCUUUACUCACUCCGGAAACCCUAAUUCUCAUUGUUUCCCUCUUUUGCCAGCAAUGGCAUUACUAGCCAAAAUCUUUGCUCUCUUAUUUCUAUUAUUAGCUGUUUAUUGCGCAGUUGAUCCUUUUAAACAUAGCUCAAUUGCUGAAUUCCCAAAUUUUGUUGCUCAUAAAGUUGAAAUGUAUCCAUGGUCAGAGUUACCAACAGAGAGAGAUAGUAAGAAUUUGUUGCAGAAAUCAGAAAUUAAGUUUUUGAAUCAGGUACAAGGACCUGAAAGUAUUGCUUUUGAUCCACUUGGUCGCGGUCCAUAUACAGGACUUGCUGAUGGGAGAAUCGUUUUCUGGAAUGGCGAGUCUUGGACUGAUUUUGCUUGUACUUCACCCAACAGAUCAGAGCUGUGCAAACCACAAGCGUCAGCUUUGGCAUAUUUGAAGAAUGAGCAUAUUUGUGGACGUCCACUGGGGCUUCGCUUUGAUAAGAAAACUGGAGAUAUGUAUAUUUGUGAUGCGUAUCUCGGCUUGAUGAAGGUCGGUCCAGAUGGUGGAUUGGCUACAUCACUUGUAACUGAGGCAGAAGGAGUACCAUUGAAAUUCACAAAUGAUUUGGAUAUCGAUGAUGAAGGAAACAUAUAUUUCACAGAUAGUAGCAUUACCUACCAAAGGAGGAAUUUCAUUCAGCUGGUUUUCUCCGGAGACAAUUCAGGGAGGCUUUUGAAAUACAAUCCAAAUACAAAGGAAACCACUGUCCUUGUCAGAGGUCUCCAAUUCCCUAAUGGGGUAUCCAUGAGCAAAGACAAGUCGUUCUUCAUCUUCUGUGAAGGAUCCCUCGGCAGGUUAAGGAGAUACUGGUUGAAAGGAGAGAAAGCAGGAGAAUCUGAGGUAUUUGCCAUUCUACCUGGAUUUCCAGAUAAUGUAAGAACUAAUGAGAAGGGAGAAUUUUGGGUGGCUGUCCACUGUCGCCGAUCCAUAUACAGCUAUGUUUGUGGUCUUUACCCUGGAUUAAGGAAGUUCUUGCUGAAGUUCCCGAUUACAGCCAAGAUCCAAUUCUUGCUCAAUAUCGGAGGCCGACUUCAUGGAGUGCUUGUCAAGUACAGCCCUGAGGGUAAACUGUUGCAAAUAUUAGAGGAUAGUGAAGGCAAGGUCGUUAAAGCUGCAAGUGAAGUGGAGGAGAGAGACGGAAAGCUAUGGAUAGGUAGUGUUUUAAUGCCGUUUGUUGCCGUUUAUCAGUUGGAAUGACCAGGUAAAUUAAUGUUGUUGUUAAACUUGUAUUUCUUAUUUAGACGCGGAUUUUCAAAACGGAUGGAUUCUGGUUGUAUUUCUUAUUUAGACGCCGAUUUUCAAAAUGGAUGGAUUCUGGAAAAGACUAUCUAAUGUAGCUUGCUUAAAUUUUGCUAAACGUAAAGUUAGCUCUUCC